CUGAUCAGGCUGGUUAUGAAACAGAGGGAGGAGCUGCAGACAGGUGAAAGCAGGAAUUCAGACAGCCAGACUCCAUUUCACACUCUGACAGAGCGGGAGGAGGAGAACAGGUGUUCCUGUGUUAUCAGACUGGAGAAGAUGAGUGAUUUAAAAGAUGAGGAAGAGGACACACCUCCAGUCUCCAGCUGUGUGUCUGUGAAGAGUGAUCAGUCUAAAGGGAAACCUCCAGACCUCAGUGAUGAAUCUGGACCCUCAGACAGGAAAGAGAGAGCAGAGUCUGUGAAGAGUGACCGGUCUAUGUCUGAACCUCCAUUCUUCAGUGAUGAACCUGGACCCUCAGACACAGAGAGGAAGAGGAAGAGUCCUGUUCCUGUGGAGGAGCAGCUGUCCAGCUGUGCUCUGUGUCAGGACAUCCUGAAGGACCCAGUCUCUACCAGCUGUGGACACUGGUUCUGCAGACAGUGCAUCACCUCAUACUGGGAGCAGCCAGCUCCAUCAGGAGACCCCUCCUGUCCCCAGUGUGGAGAGAGAUCCAGAACCAGAGCUGGACUGCAGACAGCCAGUCAGACCAGCACUGUACGAACAGAGGGUCUGCAGGAGGUUUUAGAGGAUCAUAGGACCAGUCUGAGGAGGAGAUGUGAACGUGUGACUGAAGGAACUGAUGGAAGUGAAACCUUCCUCAACAGCAUCUUCACUGAGCUCUACAUCACACAAGGAUGGAGUGAGGAGGUUAAUACCCAACAUGAGGUGAGGCAGCUGGAGACAGCUUCCAGGAAGAAGAGCCUCCAUGAAACUCUAAUCAAGUGCCAGGACAUCUUUAAAGCCUUACCUGACCAGCAGACCCACAUCAGAGCGGUCCUGACCAACGGCGUCGCUGGAGUUGGAAAAACCUUCUCAGUGCAGAAGUUCACUCUGGAUUGGGCCGAGGGUUUGGAGAACCAAGAUGUCAGUCUGGUGAUCCCGCUGUCCUUCAGGGAGCUGAACCUGAUCAAAGCUCAGCAGUACAGUCUUCUCAGGCUGCUCCAUGUUUUCCAUCCAGCCUUACAGAAGGUCACAGCAGAGCAGCUGGCUGUCUGUAAAGUGCUGUUCAUCUUUGACGGCCUGGAUGAAAGCAGACUCUCUCUGGAGUUCAGAAACAGUGAGGUUGUGUCUGAUGUCUCACAGCAGUCCUCAGUCAACGUGCUGCUGACAAACCUCAUCAGGGGGAAGCUGCUUCCCUCAGCUCUCGUCUGGAUCACUUCCAGACCUGCAGCGGCCAAUCAGAUCCCUCCUGAGUGUGUGGACAGGGUGACAGAAGUACGGGGCUUCACUGACGCCCAGAAGGAGGAGUACCUCAGGAGGAGAUCCAGAGAUGAAGAACUGUCCAGCAGAAUCAUCUCUCACAUCAAGAGCUCCAGGAGCCUCCACAUCAUGUGUCAGAUCCCAGUCUUCUGCUGGAUCUCUGCUGCAGUUCUGGACCACAUGUUGACUACAGACCAGAGAGGAAAGCUGCCCAAGACCCUCACUGACAUGUACUCACACUUCCUGCUGGUCCUGUCAAAGAGGAAGAAGCAGAAGUACCAUGAGGGACACGAGACGAGUCCACAGCAGCUGACGGAGGCUGACAGGGAGGUUCUUCUGAAGCUGGGGAGGCUGGCGUUUGAACAUCUGGAGAAAGGAGACAUCAUGUUCUACCAAGAAGACCUGCAGCGCUGUGGUCUUGAUGUCACCGAGGCCUUGGUGCACUCAGGAGUCUGUACAGAGAUCUUCAAAAGAGAGAGCGUGAUCUUCCAGAAAACAGUCUACUGCUUUGUUCAUCUGAGCGUUCAGGAGUUCCUGGCUGCAGUCUACAUGCUGCACUGCUACACCAACAGAGACACAGCGGUACUGAAGGACUUCCUGCAGGGAGACUAUAACAGCAACAGUGAUCAGGAUUACCCAUCCCUGGAGGUCUUCCUGCAGAGAGCCAUGCAGAAAUCCCUCAGAAGUAAAAAUGGCCACCUGGACCUGUUUGUCCGCUUUCUCCACGGCCUUUCUCUGGAGUCCAACCAGAGCCUCUUAGGAGGCCUGCUGGGUCGCACAGACACCCGUCCAGAAAUCAUCCAGAGAGCCAUCAAGAACCUGAAGGAGAUGAGCAGUGAUGAAAUCCCUCCUGACAGGUGCAUCAACAUCUUCCACUGUCUGACAGAGAUGCAGGACCACUCAGUACAUCAGGAGAUCACAGAGUUCCUGAAGUCAGGGAACAGAUCAGAGAAGGAGCUCUCUGAGAUCCACUGCUCAGCUCUGGCCUACAUGCUGCAGAUGUCAGAGGAGGUUCUGGAUGAGUUGGACGUGACAAAGUACAAAACAUCACUGAAGGGACGACGGAGACUGGUUCCAGCUGUGAGGAACUGCAGGAAGGCCAAACUUUUCGACUGUAGACUCUUAGAAACUGAAUGUGAGGUCGUGGCCUCAGCUCUGAAGUCUGACCCCUCCCAUCUGAGAGAUCUGGACCUGAAUGUCAACUAUCUGCAGGAUUCAGGAGUGGAGCUGCUGAGUUCUGGACUGAAGAGUCCAAACUGCAGACUGGAGGCUCUCAGACUGAGGUGGUGCAAGUUAUCAGAGAUCAGCUGUGCUGCUCUGGCCUCAGCUCUGAAGUCCAACCCCUCCCAUCUGAGAGAGCUGGACCUGAGUAACAACGAUCUGCAGGAUUCAGGAGUGGAGCUGCUGAGAGGUCUUCUGGAGAGUCCACUCUGCAGACUGGAGGCUCUCAGACUGAGGAAAUGCAGUCUGUCAGAGAUCAGCUGUGCCGCUCUGGCCUCAGCUCUGAAGUCCAACCCCUCCCAUCUGAGAGAGCUGGACCUGAGUUACAAUGAUCUGCAGGAUUCAGGAGUGGAGCUGCUGAGAGAUCUUCUGGAGAGUCCACUCUGCAGACUGCAGACUCUCAGACUGGUCUGCUGCAGUCUGUCAGAGAUCAGCUGGGCUGCUCUGGCCUCAGCUCUGAAGUCCAACCCCUCCCAUCUGAGAGAGCUGGACCUGAGUAACAACACUCUGCAGGAUUCAGGAGUGGAGCUGCUGAGAGGUCUUCUGGAGAGUCCACUCUGCAGACUGCAGACUCUCAGACUGGAGAGCUGCAGUCUGUCAGAGAUCAGCUGUGCUGCUCUGGCUUCAGCUCUGAAGUCCAACCCCUCCCAUCUGAGAGAGCUGGACCUGAGUCAGAACACUCUGCAGGAUUCAGGAGUGGAGCUGCUGAGAGGUCUUCUGGAGAGUCCUCUCUGCAGACUGCAGACUCUCAGGAUCAGAGGAGAGACGCUCAGAGCCGAGAUCCAGAAGAGCUGUGUGGAACAGGAAGUGAAGACAGACAGAAAGGUCCCACAUGAUUAACUGUGGACCCGGGAAGCCCAUAAUCCUGGAUGACGUUCGCCCUGUAAUCAAACCACUAUGCUUCUCUUGGAAAAAGAAAAAGGAGCCAUAUUAUCUACUCUUGCACUUCUUUGUAUUCUCACUCCGGCUCAUUAAUGUCCAAUCAGAUGUCUCCUUUGAUUAAAACCCUUCUGAAAGGA